AUGCUUGCUUUUGGUACUCUAGAAAAGCAAAUCUUGGUCGAACCUAUAUUGGCCCAAUGGAUACAAUCUUCUCAUGGCAAGAUGACAUAUGGGUUCGAUAUAAUCUUAUCUACAACGAAUGGUCCCGCUUUCAAUGCGGGUCGAAGCCUAUGGUUGCCAGGAUGGUUGAAUGUUGUUAAUGAGAAUAGUAAUUCACUUUUCUUAACAAUAGGACCUGGGGAUUUCUUGGUUCAUCAUGCUAUUGCUCUAGGUUUGCAUACAACUACAUUGAUUUUAGUAAAGGGCGAUUUAGAUGAACACGAUUCCAAAUUAAUGUUGGGUAAAAAGGAUUUUGGGUAUAGUUUUCCUUGUGACGGCCCACGACAUGGCGGUACUUGUGAUAUUUUUGCUUGGGACGCAUUUUAUUUUGCACUUUUUUACUCAACGACGCAAUUGAGCUGGUGA